GUUAACUUUGGAGACGGGUUUUCAAACUUGUGUUACGCAUUAUUUCAUUUCUUGCGUUUAUUGUUUUCGUUUCCUUUGGUUUGCUUAAUCCCAUGUAUUGCGUCUCUUAAACUUGGCUGGCUACUGUUUCUAGGAUUUCUCAUCUCCUCUUAGUCUUGACUACAUUCAAAGAACUUUGCUAUCACAUGGUGCACCAGUAAAAGUAACACAGCUUCAUCUUCCUUUGGAGAAGUAAUCGGAUUUUUUAAAAGUAUUAGUGCUACUCUAAUCGCGUAAAAGUGCAGGGAUGGAUAUAUCGACAGAUAAGUACAAGAAAUGAUGUGUUACUUGUAAACAAAACGAGUGGGAAUGGUAUCGGAUUGCUAUGUGGCUUUUUUCUGCUAACCACUGAGAAAAUACGUUAUGGAAGGGGGGAAUGGUGUGGAUGUAUCCAACACUAACAUCAUGCCUCUUUGGAAAAGAAGAUCUGCAAACCAUGCUAGCUCAAGAGAUCCCAGUAAACCUAAACCCAGGGCUCUCAGUUACCAGAUCGACGGGGUCAUGAUGACUGAUUUCCCCAUAGAGGACAGAUGUGCCUUUACCUUGACGCAGCCAGCUGCAAAGAUAGUUGCCUCCCCGGGAGGGUCAAUAUUUCUGAAGCAUGUAAUGAGCAAGCCCGCCCGUGCAGCUCGUGUAGUUCGCAGUAUAAGUAUUGGGCGUUUAUCCAAUGGAAAGUUUUCUUUCGCUAAGCGGAAAUCACAGGACCACAAACAAGUGGAUAGCCAUCCUCCAGUGACUUUGGAAAUUAAUAAAAACAGUGACAUCGGGUCUUCCUCUAAUGAGAAAACCCCAUCCCCUGAUAACAAAAGAGAUUGUCAGAGAAAGAUCUCCAGUCCCCUGACAAGCUCGACAAAAGAAAGUGACCAGGUUGUUUUUAACUCCGGUCCAGGAGACUUGCCUGCAAGAACAGCUCAUACACUUUCCAAUAACAAUGACAUUGUAUUCCAGCAGGCACCUCCGUUUCUUGAAAACAUAAAGAAAACUUCAGUGUCUUCCCCAGAUGAAAAAGUAGUUUUCCAAAGACAGCUUUCCACUACCUCACAGAGCUCUGACAAAAUCCCAUCGGUAAUAUUAAGCACCAACAGUCCUGCAGCCUUAAAGAUGGGAAUGCAGCAGCUCAUACCUAAAGCACUGGCUUCAAAAGUGAUCAAGACCAGCCAGAAUCUCUUAGACCCCAAUAAUAGGAUUCAGCGUUCCCUCAGUGCGGUCGAGACCAGCAACAGGCCGUUUUUCCCUGUGGGAGAUACUGAACGGGGGACAGACCCAGAGUUAGACAGCCCUGGGACCCUGAAACGAGGGCUAAGGACCACUUCCUACCGAAGAGCAGUUGUCAGUGGGAUCGACUUCGACGGUGCUUCCCCGAACGGGAAAAAGGGAAACAGACUGUCCCAUCCCAUUCUGAAAUCUGUGGAGGAGGACAAGGAGAAAAGUUUCAGUUUGGGAAGGGACAAAAAGAAGGGAUUACCUACGCAGGGCACUUUUGAUAGUGAAGAAGACGCGGUGCUGUAUCAGAACUAUAAGGAAAAAGCUUUGCAUAACGAUUCUGAUGAGGAUGCCGAACCCAAGGAGCAAAAAUCUGAUGAAAGGAUUGUUGUUCAAUACAAGCCAUUGCGAUCCACUUGGGGUCAGCUCACUGUGGUCAGAAAGAGUGGACCAUGUCAACAAUUAAGCCAGGAAGAGAGGAAGAGACAGGAGACAAUUUUUGAAGUGAUUUCAUCGGAGCACUCCUACCUGCACAGUCUCGAGAUUUUGAUACGGUUGUUUAAGAACUCCAGUGAACUCAACGAAACGAUGACCAAAACUGAGAAUCAUCACCUCUUCUCCAACAUCACCGAUGUCUAUGAGGCAAGCAAAAAGUUCUUUAAAGAGCUGGAGGAGAGGCAUCAGCAGAACAUUGUCAUCGAUGAUGUCGGUGAUAUUGUUGAAAAGCAUGCCACGUCAACAUUUGACCCCUACGUGAAGUACUGCUCCAAUGAAGUUUACCAGCAGAGGACACUCCAGAAGCUUCUAACUAAAAAUCCCUCCUUUAAGGAAGUCCUGUCUCUAAUCGAGAGCAACCCAGAUUGCAGGAACCUUCCUAUGAUCUCUUUCCUUAUUCUCCCAAUGCAGAGAGUCACUCGUCUGCCUCUUUUAAUGGAUACUAUCUGUCAGAAAACGCCAAAAGACUCACACAAGUAUGAACUCUGCAAAAGCGCAUUUAAGGCUGUCAGCAAGCUGGUCCGACAGUGUAAUGAAGGAGCCAGGACAAUGGAGAGGACAGAAAUGAUGUAUACUAUAAACUCCCGGCUGGAAUUCAAGAUCAAGCCAUUUCCUCUGGUCUCUUCCUCCCGCUGGAUGGUGAAGCGAGGGGAGCUCACUGCCUUCGUGGAAGACAACGGGAUCUUCCUGAAGCGCACCUCAAAGCAGCAGGUCUACUUCUUCCUGUUUAACGAUGUCCUCAUUGUUACCAGAAAGAAAAGUGAGGAAAGUUAUAAUGUCAUUGACUAUGCAUUGAGAGACCAGCUUUCUGUGGGCCAGUGUGAGAUUGAGGAGCUCAACCUAUCCCCUGUGAAGACAACGUCAGGGAUGCUGUACUCACGUCAAGGAUCGGCCAAUCACGUCUUCAAACUGGCUUUCACUAGCAACCACUCAGGAGAGAAGGUGACGAUGAUUAUGGGAGCAGAGUUUCUUAAUGAGAGAGCUCGCUGGAUCACAGCGCUGGGAGAAAACAGCAGCGAUAAGCAGAGCAUAGACAGAACAACACUGACCCAGGUGGAGAUUACGAGAACGUACACUGCAAAACAGCUGGAUGAACUUUCACUUCAGGUUGCUGAUGUGGUGCUGGUUUACCAGAAAGUUAACGACGGAUGGUAUGACGGUGAGCGUCUCAGAGAUGGAGAGAGAGGAUGGUUUCUCUCAGAAUGUGCAAUGGCGAUUAAGUGCCAGGCAACGAUUGAGAAGAACGUGGAAAGAAUGGGCCGUCUGCUGGAACUUGAAGCAAACGUUUAGGAUUUCUAAAGAUAUUCCCCCACCUGCCAACUUUCACUAUUCGCACUUGAAACUCCAAACUCUUUCCUAUCACUGCCUUUAAUAGAAGUAUGAUGGCUCACCUUGCAUUACUCCGUUCAAAAUUUAAGGGAAUCCAGUCACUGAUGCUGUACUCAAAAUGAAAACAUUUUUUUUUCCUAAUAUUGCACUUCAGGGACUGCUCCUUUUUUUGUUGUUUUAAA